AGUAGUGACUGUAGUGUCAAGUGUGUCCCUGUCAGAUGUUGGUUGUUCCACCAACAAUAGCAAUGUAGACCGAGAGAAAAUUUUGUAGAAGUGAUACUUUUUAGUAUUAGAGAGCAUUAUAAAGUCAGAAAAUGUUUGGUGCAGACCUUCCCUACAAUUUGUACAUACAAGAGGAAGAACCACAAACUGAAAAUGGAUGGAAUUUCGAUCUGGAAGAGUACCUUAGCCCCCAUACACAAAUUCCCCACCCGUGGAACCAGCAGCUUACUGGUGAGACACAACUAGACAUGGACUUCAUCCUGGUGGCUGAAUUUUCUGAGUUAGAGGGACCAAGAGAAGUGCUGACAAUCCCAAGGGGUGGAUCCAGUAACUUCAACAUCACAGAUUUCUCUGUCAGAAUCAUGUCCCUGGAUCACCAAACUACAACAAAACAGGGAUUUCAUCUGAUUGAAGAUUCUCAAGUGAUGUUUUCUGAGAUCAAAGAUAAUGUUUUUGCAUUUGUACAUCAUUUUGCUUUGUAUGAUCGCCAUGCUCGUGGCUAUGUCAGACCUUUUGCCAUUAGCUACAUUACCCCAGAUAACAGGAAACUGCUUCAUUUUUAUGACGAGAUCUGUCAGCAGAUGAAAAAGGUUGUGAGAUAUUUAAAGUAUGGGAACAGACUGGUUUUUAAGAACAACUUGGAAAUGCAUCUGAUGGACCUGCAUUAUACCAAAGCUGAAAUGUUAUUGAGAAUGAGGUCAAGAAAGCUUUCACAGCCAUUUAGUGAGGACAUUUUCUACAGAAAUCUGAGGUCCCUGGAAACCAACAUCACAGAGACACAGAAUGUACUUCACACCAUCAAACAGUCACUGGUGGAUAAGAAGCUUGAACACAGGUUUGCACGUUUGGAAGUGAAAGCAAAAGUAGACAUUCCGCGACCAAAGUCUGAUUCCUGUAGCCUCCAGGAAUGGGAGGAAAUAGAAAACUCUGUUCCUGUCUCAAAUUUAUCCGGAUCUUAUGGAUCCUCACCCGAGAACUCAGCAACACUCUUUCCAGAUACAAGGUUCUAUCGGCCAAAAUCUGUGAAGAUUACAUCAGGGCGACAGUUUGAUAUUCACUUACAAGGCCUUCAUGAACUUUGUUCCUGGGGCCACCGAGAGGGCAUGCAGAAACUCAGACAUUUAUAUCAGUUCUUUAGGAGAGAUAUGGCUGUUCUUCAAGUGGAGAGCAGUGACAAGAUCUACAAUGACCCCAGCUCCUCAGCUCUACACUUUGGAGAGGACUGCAUUGGAGCCAACCUACUGACCAAUAUUGACAAAAAAUGUAUGGGAUGUCAAUGUCUACAUGCUGAGAUACCAGAAUUGUUCAAAAAGUGUUCAUCUAGAUCUAUGGAAACUUUGAGUUUUAAGUCAGCUGCUAGCUCCUUUCGGUCAGUGGUUGAUGAUGAUGAUGCAGAGUCUAUGAAGUCAGCUUUCAGUGCCACUGGAUCACCUAGUGUGAACUUUAGUCUCAACAAUGAUUCUGAGAUGACAGAUAAUUCAGAAGAGAACAUAGACAUUUCUUCAAGAAAUGAGGUGAUCAGACAACUCCAAUUUAAGAUACAAAAGUUACAAACACUUAGGACAGAUAAUUUUAUUGAUGCUGGAAGAGAGAACGGAAACAGUGAUGGGAUUGAAAAUUUUCACAACAAGAAAAUAGAUGAAAACAGUGAGAUAUCCGAAACUGACAUUGGAAACUCUGAGGAAGAGACAGAACUUUCAUCAAGUAUGAUAUUGUCAACAUCCACUCUGGUGUGGGAGGAGAAGGAGAUGGGAGAAGAAAAGGAGGAGGGCAGUGAUACAACAGAUGAGAGGGAAGCCAUGUGUGAAUGUAACUCAAGUGAUGAGGAGACUGAUGAAAAGAGGGACAGACUCCAAACAAUAACAGCUGAAAAUGUAGGUCAGCAGGAGAAUGAAAGUGAAAGUAAAGAAGAUGCAGAAAGGAUACAUGUGUCUGUGUUAGCUCAGUCACUCAAAAUUGAAUCUACAGUAGAGCAUGAUUCAGAGGGCAUAACAAGUUAUAAAUUUAUUAGGCAAAACAUUGAAAAUCUGAUUCCUGUUGACACACCAGAGCAAGAUUCCGUUCUGUUUCCGGUUACUUCAGACAACAUGGCUUGUGGAUUUGGGCUUCUACAUGUCAUGACUAAAUAUGCCAGCAUAAAACAUGUUAUAUACUCUAUUCUGAUUGGUCAAUCUGUGAUUGUUGUUGGGACCCCCGAUCUGGAGGAAGAAGUUAAGAACAUUGUUAAAGCUCUGAAGAUUUUCCUGACCUCUUAUCACAGGAAUCAUAAAAGUUUUAUUCCAUGGACUCGAUGUAUGCCCAGUAUAUGUAAAAUGUCAGACAUAAAACUGUUGGGUGUUUGUCGUCCAGAAAGAAAACCAAUGGAUAGAUUUAUUCCUGCUGUCAUUAGAAAAUUGUGUACUGUAUUCGAUGUGAGGAAAAGAGAAGUUUUCUGUCCCAUAUAUCAGGGCUAUUAUUUAUCGCUACUGGACAACAGAGUGAGGAAUUACAAGAUGGAAGAGAUGCUAACAACCCUAAUAAAAUCAAUUUUGGUUGACCUUUCAUCCAAGGCUUUCAUUUAUUUCCACGCCUUCUGUAUUGGUCCUGCCGGAAAGGGAAGACAGGACUACAGGUUUAUACAGCAACAGAGCUCAUCAUUCCAGAGGACAGUGUCAAAUUUCAUGGCUAAAAUUGGAAUUCAUGAUUCUGACAUGCACAUUGUAGAGUUUUUGUGUGAAACUAUUAAGCAUCAGCUGAUUGAGGAUCACUUCCAGUCGAGGGCAGGUGUACCAAAUAUGCCUAUGAAACCAGUGACUAUCCAGCACAGUCUUUGUAGCCAGAUGAUGAAAUGCUGAUGUCAGUUAACAAAUUAACUGUGCAAUAUUUA